UCUUUCUCUCUUCCUCCCUCUCCCUCUCUCUCUCUCUCUCUCGGACUCUUUAGAUUGUAGUCUCAGUGAUGAACGACCUCACUGAGGCUCUCAGAGAACGGCAUUGUUAUAGCUGCAAGCCUAUUCCAGCUUCUGUUUUUUGCGUUCUCGUCCCUCUAUUCUUUCUAGGUCUUACUGUCUCAAUCUUCAUCUUAGUUGUCGUUCACAACGGAUUCUUCUUCGCAUUUCUCCUCGUGCUUUCAUCUCUGGUUCUUGCUUUCCUGGCUUGGAACACGCUCAACUGGAGGAAGAACAGCGCCAUACUUCUCUUCCUCGACUCUUUCCCCGAUUCGGACCUUCGUACUGCUAGGCACGGCCAGCUCGUUAAGCUCACUGGGUUUGCUUCGUGUGGAAGUAUCCCUCUGGAAUCAUCAUAUGAAAAGGUUCCUAGAUGUAUUUAUACAUCCACCCUUUUGUAUGAAUAUAGAGGAUUCCAUUUGAAGGCAGCUAGUGCAAACCACAAAUGCUUGCAGUGGACUUUAGCUUAUUCAGAGAGGUUCUCAACCGAUUUUUACAUCACUGAUAUAAAGUCUGGAAUGAGUGCACUGGUAAAAGCUGGUUAUGGUUCUAAGGUCACUCCCUUGAUUGUUGAGAACACACUCGUUAAUACUACAGAUGGGCACAAUAUUUUGUCCUCCUACCUCAAAAAAUGGUUAGCAGAGAGGAAUCUCUCAACUGAAGCUCGUCUGCUACAUCUAAAGGAAGGGUACAUAAAGGAAGGAAGCUAUGUGACUGUCAUGGGAGUGUUGCAUAGAGACAACAAUAUUGUCAUGAUUCUUCAGCCACAUCAAAUUAUAUCUACAGGCUGUCAUUGGAGAAAGCUUCUCCUCCCAGUCGACUUUGAUGGGUUGAUCCUGAGAGUUCUUCGAACAACUAGCUGUUUGACUAACUGAUAUUCUGUUGAAGCCCCUCAAAGACAAUUGCCUCUUCCUAGAAGGGAAUGUCAUCGUAAAAGAAGACAAUUGAACCUGCUAUACAUGCUAAAGGAGAGGAAAGUAACAAGAAGAGUUGAAGGUGAAGAAAAACAAUUGUAGAUGAUCAUAGGCUAGUAGUGUGUGCUAGGAAACCUUAGCUCUGGAAUGGUUGAAGAAUGGACAGUCUGCCUAUUCUUUGAUAUCCUCAACCAUUCCAAUAAUUUGUUCUCAAGACCCGUAACAUAGUAGCAUCUCAGCCAUACAAGGACUUUGUGAAGCAGUAGCUCGACUGGUUGGAGAGAAUUGAUUGUGUGUAGCUUCCGGCCUAGAAGACUAACAAAGGUAAUAGUUGGACAUUGAUCC